GAAGGCUUGUAACGUAGUUGGCGUUGGUCACUUCCUUUUUACCAAUGGCAUGAGGACGUUGGCGCCUAAAAGGGAAAAUGAUAUGCAUAAACCCACCAUCUGAAUUUCGCUAAUUUGAAACCUUUUUCUGCUUUGCAAUGGAAUUGGGUACCUCAAAAUCUGAAUUUCCAAUGGCUUAUCGUCGAUCCCACUUGCGCAGCCACACUUACCACACCCUCGUUCACAUCCUCUCUCACCUUUCUGCUUCUACUGCUUCACUUCAAUCCUCAACUCAACCCCUCACUGUUUCUGAUAAUGGCAGUGGUAGAAUGGGGCAAGAAAACAAGGAAAAGGAGCAUAAUUGCUCUGAUUUUGUUGGUUCUGAUUACAUGGAUCCUAAAGAUACUGUAACACCCCAGGAGGAAAUACAGGAGGUCCAUGAGACCAAUGAGAGGGUUGGAGACAAGAAUAUGGAUUUUAGUUCCAAUAAGAUGGUCCUUGAUGAUAUAGAACUUAUGAUGGGAAUAGAGGAAAUGUCUACACAAGCAAAUGGUCUUGAUAAGGAGCUGAAGCUAAUGGAUGAGUUGGAGCUGGCUGUGAAAGGAACUCAAGAUGUAGUUUGUGAUAAUGGUUUGAUCCCCGUAAACUUGGAAUCAAAUGAGAAACAAAAUGGCAGCAGUGAAGUUGGGAUGGAUUUCCAAGUUGAUGAUCUUGAACUUUUGCAUUCUGAUGUGAAAUCAUCUGGAAAUGCACGUCUGUUGCAGGACCCUGAAAAGCUUAAUCUACUUGCCUCUGAGGGUUUUGAUUUGUCUUCAACGUUUAAUGUGUCCAUAUCAACAGAGGGUUCUCUUCCUACAACUGAAGUGGGUGAGUGUGAGAAGGAAGAACAAUGUGGCCAAAAGGUUGCUGAAGCAAUGCACAUUUCUUUUGAUAUGGAUAUGAAUAGCGAAGGAUUGAAUAUAAGUGAAGAGGGUGGCCUAUUGGAUUCUUCUAUUUUGAAAGAUAAUCUUGGAGUGUGGAAUGGAGGAGAGAAAGCAGAAAAAAUAAUCUGUGUAGAUAAUACAGCAAAUUCUUCCAAUAUUCUCAUUGAAAAUGGAGACAUGGAAGAGGGAGAAAUUUCUGCUGAUUUGGUAAUGAAUGGAAGUUCAUUUGAUAUGUCUUCUUCAGAUGCUUUGAUUUUACAGCAGAUGAAAGUAGACGAGGUUCAGAAGCCCAAAAAUGUAACUGGAAACAUGGUAUAUUCUUGUAAGACAGGGAAUGGAGAAAGUGAAAAGGGCUUUAAAUCUAAUUCCUUUAUGGUAAAUGCAUUUCAAGAUGCCAAUAACAGUGGACAAGCAGAACCUAGGACUAGUGUUGAAAAAGGGAUUGCAUGUAUGGAAUUCGAUAAGACAGGUGAGUGUGGUUCUUUGCUGAAAUCUGGAAAUAGCAAAGACAGAUAUGAAGGAUGUAAAGGUAUCAAUGACUGGCUGACAAAUUUUACUCAAAAUCAAGUCCUGCACAGAGGUUUCUUGGAAGAAAAUGUAACCACAGAUCAUGGAAACUCAUCAGCAGUUAAGUUGGUUGAUGCCAGUAGAAAGAGAAAGCAUGGUUCUGGUUCUGAGGAGGAGGAGCAAACAGAGAAGUUGGUUGAUGCAAGUAAAAAGAAAAAACGUGGUCCUAUUUCUGAAGUGAAGAAAGAAAAAAAGAAGAAAAAGUAUAGAAAGAAGCGAGCCGAAAAGAACAGAGAACAAGGUGUUAAGAGGUUGAAGUUGCAGCCAGUACAGAAACCAAAAACUGUCUCAUACUGUCGCCAUUAUCUUAAAGGAAAAUGCUAUGAGGGUGACAAGUGUCAGUUUUCACAUGAUACAGUGCCGUUGACAAAAUCAAAGCCAUGUGUUCACUUUACUCGUCACUCUUGCAUGAAAGGGGAUGACUGCCCAUUUGAUCAUCAGCUCUCAAAAUAUCCUUGCACCAAUUUUGUGUCCAGAGGCUCUUGUAGCAGAGGUGAUACUUGCAUGUUUUCACACCAGGUACCGACAAACCAAGAUAUCCCUACACCGUCAAAAGUUUGUAAACCAGAGUUGACGUCCCCACUCCAAUCAGGAAAUACAAAUUUCAGUACACCGCUUAACAAUCCUAGCUCUAGUUCAGUCCAGCAAAGCCGCUUUACCAAUUCUGGAGGAGUUCAUUCUUGCAUCAAUGUAGAACAUAAGGUGACACACACUGUACAGAAACAGCUUACACCACCCAAAGGAAUUAAUUUCAUCAAUGUUGCAAAAUUAUCAUCCAGCCCUAGGACACCGAGACAAGGUAUGGUAACAACAACCAAGGAAAAUCCUGUACAAAUUGGGACCCCUGCUGAUCAAAGAGCAUUUGGCACAACUCAAAAGGAUGGGGCAAUUGCCAAGAAAUUGCAAGCUGUGACGCCUAAGGGAAUUAACUUUCUUUCUUUUGGAAAAGGUUCUGUUUGCAGUUUUAAAAGUCCUAUUCACUCUGAUGUGAAUAGGCAAACUGGUAUCAAGUUGCCUCAAUUACUCAAUUUUGGUUUGCCUGAGCAGCCAAGUUCAUCUCUAUAUAAGGAUGAUUGCAGCAAAGUUAGUGACAGAACAAAACAGAAUGUACCACAGACUGAUCUAUUCUCUAAUGAGUUUCUAAACGUUAAUCAAGCUGUAGCAAAAGGAAUGAAAUUGGCAUUUCCAGGGAAAAAUUCAAUUGACGCUUCUAUAAGGGAUCAUGGCCUCAGGAAAUCAGUUCAAGAAGGAAAAAAGUCAUCUGAUAAUUCCCACACUUCAAAUAUGAUCUCACCUAUGGUUCUUCGUCCAUUUGUUUCAAACCAGUAUUCUGAACGCAUAAUAUCUGGUUUUCAUAAACAUGCCUCAAACUCAGGCCAAAGGGCACUCUUAUCAACUUUAGCAUUUGCAGCAGAACAUGAAUCAGAUAUUAAGAUGAAAGACCCUGCUGAUGCUUCGUGUGUAUGAUAGGAGGACUUUGAAAGAAUUAUUUUUGUUGAAAUUAAGGUUUCAAACCAUGAAGCUCUUGGCAAUUGGAGUCAAGGAACUUCUGAGCUUUGUAGAUGAUAACCAGAGGGUUCAUUUAGUGAUGUGUUGAGCUAGCUUUCAGCAAACUUUAAUUUUGGAAUUGUCUUUAUUUUUCUUGCAGUACGAUUGCAGGUAUAAUAGCAUUCAUUGCUAAUGUCAAUUGCUUCUCAUUUAACUUCUAAAAGUUAAUGGGUUAGAUUAGACCAAACAAUGGAUUUACAUUUCCCUUCAGGCGGAAGGUAUUUCUUGAUUAUAGUUGGAAUUUGAUUGAAACUGAAUUGAACUUGAUUUCAGAUUGUGGGUCUUGAUGCAGUUAAACCCUUUUGUUAAAUUCAGUUUAAAGUUUAUUACAGUGGUUUCCAUAGUCAUUAUGUUCUGCUGUUCAUAAUUCAGUAACAUGGUUUAUCUUGUUAAAAUUCAACUUUAUUGCUGACAUUGUAGGUCACGCACCUGUGCUGGUCUUUAUGACAAGAGAACAGAAUUGCAAAGGUGUACAUAACAUUAAGAGGAUGUCUCCCACAACUUGUAACUCCUGCAAUGAUCUUACUUAUGGAAGUGCUUUGAAGUGGCUAUUUUUUUAGACCUAUCACUCAUGUGCCUACCCAGCCUAAUGCAUUGUUGCUUUUGCAGAUGGGGAUCCUUAGCGCAAUGGUGUGGGGUUAAAGCUGCAUUCAAUCCUCCCUUUUUUCUUCUUUUAACAACACAGCUAAUUCUCAUUUUAAGUGAUAUUAACAUCACCUUCCGAAGGGUAAGCACAUAAGGAAGUCCUCUUGAAGAAAGAAAUAUCAAAGAACGAAGAAUCUCAUUGUGCCAAGGAUAUUAGUUGUGAAUUUCCAAAGCAUUGGAAGUCUGCAAAGCUUCUUCAUGUUCCACUUGUGGACUUGAUCCUGAUAUUAAAAACAUCUGAUUUCCUUUAAGAGCAAUGUAACUAUUACAAACAACUAUAAUUAACACAAGCACACAAUGCAAGAUACACGUUAUGAACUUGUAUGGACAAACCUGCAAAGAACACUUGCAAGAGAGUGCAGUUAGUGAGAUAAAUCGUUAUAGUUAU